GAAUACAAGCGCAAGCAGUUGGAGGAACAACGGCAAGCGGAGAGGCUACAACGACAACUGCAACAAGAACGAGAUUAUCUAGUUUCUUUACAGCAGCAACAGCGACAAGAACAAAGACCAACCGAAAAGAAGCCUCUCUAUCAUUACAAGGAAGGGAUGAACGCCACUGAGAAGCCAGCUUGGGCAAAGGAGGUUGAAGAACGUUCCAGACUUAACCGGCAAAGUUCCCCAGCCAUGCCUCACAAGGUGGCCAACAGAAUUUCUGACCCAAACCUUCCACCUCGAUCAGAAUCCUUUAGUAUUAGCGGGGUGCAGCCUGCUCGGACACCACCCAUGUUGCGAUCAGUGGAUCCACAGAUUCCACAUCUGGUCAGUGUGAAAUCCCAGGGACCUUCCUUGCCUGCCUCUCAGUCACUGCAUGAACAACCCACAAAGGGAAUGGCUGGGUUGCAGGAAGCCCUAACGGUGACCUCUCACCGCACUGAGAUGCCAAGGCAGAACUCGGACCCCACUUCCGAAAAGCCUCCUCUCCCCCCUCGUGUUGAAAAGUUUGAUCGAAGUUCUUGGUUACGACAGGAAGAAGACAUUCCACCAAAGGUGCCUCAACGAACUACUUCCAUUUCACCUGCAUUAGCUCGGAAGAACUCACCUGGGAAUGGGAAUGCUCUAGGACCUCGACUCGGAUCACAGCCCAUAAGAGCAAGUAACCCAGACCUGCGGAGAACGGAGCCCAUCAUAGAAAACCUGAUACAGAGGACAAGCAGUGGCAGUUCUUCCAGCUCCAGCACCCCCAGUUCACAGCCCAGUUCACAGGCCGGCUCCCAGCCUGGAUCCCAAGCUGGCUCCAGUGAACGGAACCGAGCCAGAGGAAAUGCCAAGCUUGAAGGAUCACCCAUCCUCCCACAUGAACCAGCCAAGGUAAAGCAGGAAGACAGCAAGGAGAUGACCCGACCAAGUCGACCUGCUGAUCUGACUGCUUUAGCAAAAGAACUGCGGGAACUGCGGAUUGAAGAAACCAACCGGCCUUUAAAGAAAGUUACCGAUUAUUCCUCUUCCAGUGAGGAGUCUGAAAGCAGCGAAGAGGAGGAAGAAGACGGAGAAAGUGAAACACAAGAUGGCACUGUGCCCGUCAGCGACAUCCCACGGCUUAUCUAUAGUUCAGGUGAAAAUUCAUGUUGCUUUCUGGGUUUUUCCCUUCUCGUACAGGAUCUGACUGCUUUAGCAAAAGAACUGCGGGAACUGCGGAUUGAAGAAACCAACCGGCCUUUAAAGAAAGUUACCGAUUAUUCCUCUUCCAGUGAGGAGUCUGAAAGCAGCGAAGAGGAGGAAGAAGACGGAGAAAGUGAAACACAAGAUGGCACUGUGCCCGUCAGCGACAUCCCACGGCUUAUACCAACGGGAAUGCCGGCCAACAAUGAGUCCUACAAUCUAGGAAUGGUAUCGAGCCAUGGUGGUCUGGAGCCCCCCCACCCUGACAAAUUUAGCAGUAUUUCAAGAGAAGGGACUUUAAUGAUAAGGGAGACUUCUGGUGACCACAAGCGCUCAGGCCACCCAGCCAGCAAUGGUUUUGCUGGCCAUGUCAACCUUCCCGAUCUAGUGCAACAAAGCCACUCACCUGCGGGCACGCCGACUGAGGGCUUGGGGAGAGUCUCCACCCAUGGGCAAGAGAUGGAGCCAGUGGCUGAAGUAGGUAGCAGAGGCCCUUUGGGUUUUAGACACUUGUCUGUUUCCCUUUGUUUCGCUUUGUACCUCCAGGAACACUUUACAAGCCCCCCAAAGCCUAUGCAUGCCCUGUUUUUGGUAUUUUUUGCAUCGGUAAGAUCAGGGGGAAGUAGCCAAGUAUUUUUCAUGACCCUGAACAGAAAUUCCAUGAUGAACUGGUAAUGAAGGAGCAACUUGGUGCUUAUUUUGAUGCCAAGAUGUAUUAAAUUUUGAAGGACAUCUGAAUUUGCAGAGUUACACUGUCAAAGCAAGUGAAGAAGAAGAUAUUGGGAUCCUGUAGCUUUCUUCGGUGAUCACAGUCUGCUCGUGCAGCCAGAUUCUGAGAACAUGACACACUUUUCCCAUAGUGAUUUCAGAAUGCAAAUUUCUUCAAGAUUCCAAGAGCGCAACACUGAGCAGGAAAGGACCAACGCUGAAGAGGUUGAGCCGAAUAAAUCUCUCUGAGGUGUUCAAACUAAGCUGUGAUAGAAUCAGCUCUAGGGUUUUUAAAAAUAAUAAUUAUUAUUUUUUUCCUUGAUCCUGAGUUUGUAUGAAUAGAGACAGGUCUUAAAGUGAAAACAGAAGAUCUGUUUUUAAUAACGUCUGCCUAUUAGCACCGAUUAUAUAGUAUGAUGUAAGGCAGACUCCCCUGACCUGGUGUCUUUUAGGUGUGGUGGACUAGAGCUCCCAUGAUCAUGGCUAGCAAGCCAAAUGGGUAUGUUGGUUUGGAAUGAUGGGAGUUGUAAUCAAACACAUCUGUGGAGGUUAGGCUGAGAACUGCUGUUAUAAAAGUUAUCACUUAAAACUGAUGCAAGAGAGCACAAUAAAUGUACCCUUUUUAAUCUUUGUGUGAGAGGCCCUAACCAUAGAGUGGCCACGUUUUGUAAACUCCUUUUUUGCUUUUAUGGACAUUUGUGUGGGGAUUAUUAUUUUGUUGUGGUUGUUUUUGUUUUAUUUUAUUUUAUUUUUUGCAAACAGGUCAGGAUAUUUCAGAUAAGAGUAUACGUGAGAUUUUUGUCCCAUUCCUGUGGGAAAUCUAAAUGGCUAGACAACCUAGCUUUGGAGAAUAUAAUACGAUCGUGAUAGAGUUAACUUUUUGUCCGUCUUUCGGUUCAUUCUUCUUCCCCAGCCUGGCCAUCUCCAGAUGGGAUCGAAAUGCCACCUCCCCAGAUUCUCAGCCAGCGAGGUCAUAUGCCGAAUAUAUUCUGGCUGAUCAAUGUUCUUCUUUAUAGAUCUUUGCAUAAUGGUGCUCAUUGAUUAAAAAAAAACAAAAAACAGCAGUGCCAUUCUUGUUAGUCAUUCCCACUGGUUGCCUUUCUCCAAGCUGUAACACGAAGGUGUCUCUAAAUGGGAAGCUAUUUGAAAUGUUGUAAGAUUCCAAAGAUUGGCUAAAGAAUGCCCCCCUAGCAGCUUGACACAUAAGGCAUCUUAACUCGGAUGUGUUUGAAUCCAAAUUGUACCUAUUCUGUACAGUUGUGCUAUACUUCGGGGGAUAAGGGGCAUGAUUCCUUGUAGAUACUGGUGUGUUUUAUUUCUUCCACUAAAAAUUACAAAGAGACGACAUCAUUCCGAUACUUCCAAGACGGAAGCCCCAAAUACAGAUCAGUAUUUUUUAAUCCAAUGGUGUCCUAUUCUCAAUAUGGAAAAUCUUAAUAAAAUAUUAAUAUCUCAGUACGAAGACGUGCAGGAGAAGGAGAGCAGAUUAAAGGAGGGUUUCAUUGAUCAGUAACCUGGCAUUUAGGUUCCAUCUUUCUGCCCUUCUCCCCCAUGUACCCAUCUGUAUAAUGACCAACAAAUGUGCAGAAGGAUGUAUGUUUUUAGUCUGAAUUUAUCUCUGUCUUUAUAUGCUUUGUUCAAAUUAUUUGUAUUUUCAAAUUAGUUGCUUCCACUGUCUCCAAGCCUGGAUUCUCCCCCUGGUUUCUGGAUAUGACGUAAUUGGAUCUGUUUUGCUAUUUUUAACCUACCUCAUUUUAUUUUUAUUUCAGUUCUCUUUUUCUUAUUAGCUCCCAUAGAUACCCGGAGAGUUUAAUUGGCUAGUCCAAGGAAUAGCUGAUAAUUCUGCGGAGGCCAGGUUUUCGAGAAGUGGAAAAUUAACAUCAAACUCUCCAUUUCCAUUUCCUCCCCACCCCUUUCAACCAUUCCAUAACUUCAGAUUUUUGACCGUAUAUGCGAGUCGACGCUACUGUAGUCACAACGCAUUGGUCCGUGAGAACAAGCUGGCCAUAAACACACAACCAUGCAAACUCAUCUGUCAGAGAGGCUACCCAAAAUUACUGGAAGCCAGGAGCUCAGGACGUCUUGCUAUCAUUGUGGAUACGUGAAGUUAUGAGUUACAAGCUAUGUUCCCAAAGUCAUCAGAAGUCACUGACUUCUCGGAAACAGGCUUUCUGGAUAGGCAAUGUGCAGCUGGAUGGGAGAAAUAACUGAUACCUUUCUUAAUGAUGCAUUCCAUCAGAAAUAAGCUCAUGUUUGUCAUCCACAUUCAACUCUAUCUCACUAUCUGACCUAGAGAGAUGACGGUGAUAGCAUUGCUGGCUAUAUGUACAACCAGAUGAACCUUUCGGGUUAAGCAUGCUCUGUCAUUCAUAUUCAACGUCAUUGGUGCUUCCAAACUUUCUGAAGAGAGUCUUGCUGGGCACCUUUCAACUUCAUACUGUUUGGCGGCUUUUCUGUAGUAAAACACGGUGGGAGGAGUUGCUGAUCAUCUAUGUCAGAGAUCUACAUCAGAGGAUCUUGCUUCUUCCCCCUUUAAAAAGGGGGCUAAUAUACGGAGCCAUAAGAUCAGACCCCAACAUUUGACACAUUAUUUCCGAGAUGGACAUUCAAACCCACUCUGCAUGCAUUCUGAGCAUCAAAGUUGCACUAGGUCCAUUUUUGGCUGAGCUCACAAAGGGGCUAAUUAGGAUUCUUUCAUUGCGUUAUUUAGUUAGGGUUUUGUAAGCUUAACAUUAAUCCAACUUCUACAGAUCAAAUGAUUAAUUUAUAGUCAAUUAUUAUGACUAGAAAAUGCCAUGACUUAAUCUAUAAAAGAGAGAGAGUUCAAUGUAUUGGCUCUUGGGCUAGAAACCAGGAGACCAUGAGUUCUAGUCCUGCCUUAGUACAAAGCCAGCUGGGUCACCUUGGGCCAGUCA